AUGAGCUCCAUGGGCCCGAUUAACUUUUUCCUUGGUUUGAAUAUAAUACAGAGUAAGGAAGGUAUCUUUAUCAAUCAGGAAGCUUAUACAAAGACCUUACUUGCUAAGUUUGGAAUCGUGGGAGAUUCGAUGGUGAAGGCUCCUAUUGUAUUCGUAAAGAAACUGACACCGUCUCUGGACAAACCAACUGCUGAUAUGACACUCUAUCGUCAAAUGAUAGGUUCAUUGAUGUAUCUAACUCUUAGUCGUCCAGUCGUCAUUUUUUAUGUUUGCUAUUGUGCCAGGUUUCAAGCGAAUCCUCGCGAACCCCACAUGACUGCUAUUAAGAAUAUCUUCAGGUAUCUCAAACGAACCUCCUCAGUAGGGAUUUGGUACCCUUCAAGUUCAGGUUUCUUUGUGCAAGCAUUUUCGGAUGCUGAUCUCGGAGGAUGCGGUUUAGAUCGAAAAAGUACAACGGGAAGAUGUCAAUUUCUUGAUGGAAAACUCAUAAGUUGGCAAUCUAAAAAAACUUACGUCUCCCUUUCAGUUGUUGAAGUAGAGUACAUAGCCACUUCCUCUUGUACUUCACAAAUUAUAUAG